AUGUAUUUUGACCAAGAUCCAAAUGUUGAAGUUGUAUGGAACUAUGAUGGCAGAAUCCAAAGCCUGGAUCAUGCGCAACAGCCAUGGUCCCCUGGCACUGAGCUACAUGAAUUACCCGGACCUGCAGGCGCCGCUCAUCGUUACCUCCUUAAGGUGGCAGACGAUUACCAUAUUCCCAAGGGAGUUCUCCAAGGUGCUCCCACGGGGCUAUCCGAACCAACUUCUGUGUCAAACACUUCGUUUGGCCUCAAGUUGGCCCAAGAAAGACCUCGCUUUAAGAGCACAGCGAUAACUUACCAACAGACGCUGGGUGAAUUGCCUGUGUGGGAUGCCAAAGUCAGCAUUAUUGUGGAUGAGGGCAAUCGGGUGGUCAACUCUACUAGCAGCAUCGAUCCAAAAGGGCCUAAACUGGAUAAGUUCCCCGAUGUUGCUAAAUACAAAGAUCUGACUGAGGAUGAUCUUCGCCAAUUGCUAGCGUCUCAUAUAGGCGCAGGUGAACUCUCCUUUCGAAAAGACCCAGAGCAACAACGCCAAGGGCAACAGCGCCUUGUUGUCUAUCGUUACAAGAAGGAUGAUAGACAAGAGAUGACUGAUGGUGCUCCGCCUACAUUAAUUUUGCCUGAGGUGCCUGACACAAUCAGAGAUGGGCAAUACUAUGUGGUGAGGGAGGUUUUGUUCACUCUCCCGGUCUCUGGAUUUGGCGCCCUUAAUUGGAGAGCCUUAAUCGAAGUCGAAACGAGCUCUAUCAUCUACUUGCGAGCACUCACAUCCGGUUUACAUGGUUGGGUGUUUUCCAGAGAUCCCGCGACACGGCUUGCAGAUAAGGCCCCGAAGACAACGGGAGACACAGCUGAAUUGAAUCGUCUCCGUGAAAGAGUAUUCCUCCCUGAUACUGUCCCCACAAGCCCUCAAAUUCUAAAGGGCAGAUACGCUGAGAUUAAAGAUAUUCAACCGCCCCCGAGUCUACCCCCAGCGACUUCCAAUGGCGAAUUCGACGACAGCGUUGACACCGACAACUUCGCAGCCGCCAGUGCAUAUCGUCAUAUUGCCAAGCUCUUUAGGCUCCUUGUUGAACUCGGCUUCUCUGUUCGGAGGUUGUUCGACAACACACAAUUCCCUGUUCCUGUUGAUCACCGUGCUUUAAACAAUGGAGUGAAUGCGCAAGCGCCAGGGAACACGCUUGGUAAUGGAUCUGGAGGAUUCCUCUUCGGUCGCGCUGAUCCCACUUCACAAGUCGGUAUUGCGGCAGAUUUCCGUGUCGCCGCUCAUGAAUUUGGCCAUGCGCUCCUUUGGGACGCCGUAAGCUCCCCAAAUUUUGGUUUUGCCCACAGCGCCGGCGACUCCCUCGCCGCUAUAUACUGCGACCCGGGAAGUAAUGCCACAGAUCGAUUUGAUACAUUUCCUUGGAGUGUUGUUCGUCGCCGCCAUGACAGGAAAGUCACCGACGGUUGGGCAUGGGAUGGACCCGAAUUCCGGGCAGACUUGGGGAGGCAAUACAAAUGUGAGCAGAUUUUAUCAACCACGCUUUUCCUACUCUACCGCACCCUUGGUGGGGACGCCAUCGGUGAUUAUGACAGGCAGGUCUGGGCGUCGCGAUACACUUUGUAUCUGAUCAUCGGCGGAAUUGCAACAAUCACGACUCGGGCAAAUAUGCCACUCCAAUAUGUCUCUGCGAUGAUCUCUGCCGACAAUGGCAGAGUGCUUGGCUACCCUGGUGGCGCUGCUCGGAAAAUUAUUCGCUGGUCAUUUGAGAAACAAGGGCUUUAUCAUCCUGUCAACGGCCCAACGCCUGUGAUGACAACAGGGCCACCUCCAGCCGUUGACACAUAUAUCGAUGAUGGUAGAGAUGGCGAGUACGACUAUACCCCCUCCUUUGGCAAUGCACCCGGUAUUUGGAAUCGCCGGGCUGCGGACGGUGGUCUGGUCAACGAGGCUCCUAUCGCUGGUGCCGUGAAUUACUGUUAUGUCGCGAUUAAGAAUCGUGGAACUGGAAGCGCACAGGGCGUCCAAGUCAACGUUCACCAAUCCAAUGUCCCAGAGCCUAGGGUUUGGCCGGGGAACUUCCAGUCUGCGGGUGUGUAUAAUAUCAACACCCCUGUUCUCGGAAACCGACAGCAGAGUGCUAUUGCGGGGCCUUUCCAAUGGACUCCCAGCCAGGACCCCUCAUUUGAUAGGUACUGCCUAAUCGCCGCUGUCAGUGCCAACGGUGAUCUCUCCAAUGUCGAUACAACCGGAGGGUUGGCCUGUGCAGUUGGGCCCACGGAUAUCGACAAUCUCGUUCCGUUUGAUAACAACCUGGCAUUGCGGCACUUUGAGCGGUAG